UUAGUAUUGCUUAAUAAUGAUCAUACAAAAAAAGUUUAAUUUUUAUUUUGAGAGAGAGAACAAAGAGAAAGAAUGGAGGAAAAAUGAGGAGAGAUAAUAGGAGAAGAGACGAGCAUAGCACGCAUCCUACAAUACAUUGACAACAACAUACCCCUAAUCUACCCCCACAAUUAUCCAUUUUUCUACCUUCAUUCUUAAGCUUUCCCUUAAUCCAAUCUCCUUUUUCCUAAUCAUAUUCAUUUUGUUUUCCUACUUAUUCGCAUACCCUUUUCUUGUUUGUCAGAGGAAAGUGGGUGGUUGAGUGUAUGUUUCUGCUCUUUUUUGUGGGAAUUGGUUUAGGUUCAUGUCAGAGUUUUGUUAUUAUUGGUAGAAAAUUAGAUAGAGGGAAUUAAUUUUGAGAGAAAGGAGAAUGGAAGGGACGAUGGAAAAGGGAGUAUUGGAUGAUAUAAUAAGGAGAUUAUUGGAAGAGAAGGGAGGGAAACAAGUUCAGCUAUCUGAGGCUGAGAUCCGCCAGCUUUGUGUCAAUGCUCGUCAGAUUUUCCUCUCUCAGCCUAAUCUCCUCCAGCUUCGUGCCCCCAUUAGGAUCUGCGGUGACAUACAUGGCCAAUUCCAAGACUUAUUAAGACUUUUUGAAUAUGGUGGCUAUCCUCCUUCGGCAAACUAUCUUUUUCUCGGGGAUUAUGUUGAUCGAGGCAAGAAGAGCUUAGAAACAAUAUGUUUGCUACUGGCCUACAAAAUUAGGUACCCUGACAAGAUCUUCCUUCUUAGAGGGAACCAUGAAGAUGCAAAAAUCAACAGGGUCUAUGGAUUUUAUGAUGAAUGUAAAAGGAGAUUCAAUGUUAGGCUAUGGAAGAUAUUCACAGACUGCUUUAACUGUUUACCUGUUGCUGCACUUAUAGAUGAAAAGAUCCUUUGCAUGCAUGGUGGGAUUUCUCCAGAGCUAAAAAGUUUAGACCAAAUAAACGAGAUUCAGCGGCCGGCUGAGAUUCCUGAUGGUGGCUUGCUAUGUGAUCUGCUGUGGGCUGAUCCUGACCCUAGAAUUAAGGGUUGGUCAGAGAGUGAUCGAGGUGUUUCUUGUACUUUUGGACCUGAUGUAGUUGCAGAGUUUUUGGCUAAGAAUGAGUUAGACCUCAUCUGCCGGGGUCAUCAGGUGGUGGAGGAUGGAUAUGAAUUCUUUGCUAAGCGAAGACUUGUGACUCUAUUUUCUGCUCCCAACUAUGGUGGAGAAUUCGAUAAUGCAGGUGCUUUAUUAAGCGUUGAUGAGCAACUUGUAUGUUCUUUUGAAAUAUUGAAACCAAUAUUAUCUAGCGGUUCAAAGUUGCCCCUAAAGAAGCCACCAAAGGUUGGAGGGAUGUGAUACAGUUGAAAGUGUACAUGGAGAUUUAUCCAGUAUAUAGCGAAGAAUGACGAGCACUACACUUUAUAUUUUGUUAUUGACACAAGCCAUCUUUUCCAAUACCUGUUUGGCUUUGGAACUGUGGAUAGGCCAUGAGUAUAUUACUACUAAAGGAAAAAAGAAUUCUGUAAAUCGGCAACAUAACUUAUAUUCAGAAGAUCUAAGAUGUUUCAGUUUUUAUUUUAGACACAUUUUGUUUCCUUUCUGUAUUUACUAGCACUCAGAUUUGACAAUCCUUGAUUUAGGAUGAGUUGCUUUAUCAUCCAAAUAGUUUACAAAGUUCUGUAAGGUUAUAGUUUAUGAAUCUUUUCUUUUAAUGAUAACGCAACCAUUUUGUAA